CAGUCGUAGCCUGGUUAUUAGACGCCAUAUUGACAACUAAAAUCUUGGAAGUCGAGCGGAGCUCAGAAUCCAGGCCAUCCUUGGCCAUCAUUUUCGGAAACGCUCCCUAAAUUUAGCUGUCACAAUGACUUCAAGUAUUCCAUACAUUGGAAGCAUUAUUAACUUGGUUUCCAAAGCAGAAAUUCGUUAUGUGGGAACUUUAUAUGCUAUCGAUACAAAAGAAUCCACCGUGACGCUUGCAAAUGUGCGGUCUUUUGGUACUGAGGGCCGUAAGGUUGACGUAGAAAUUCCACCACGUAACGAAAUCUAUGAGUACAUAGUAUUUCGUGGUCAGGACAUCAAAGACCUGAAUGUGAAGCUUGAAUCCAACGAAACCAGUAAAACCGUACCUCAACCACCACAGGACCCAGCUAUUCUCCAGUCUUCAACAGCUGGUAUUCCUGGCGGUUACUCACCCUACCGCAGUGGUCCCUACCAGCCUAACCCAGGAUAUAGCCCUUUCAGCGGCCCCCUAAUGCAUCCUAGCUACCAUAUGCCACAACCACCAUCAUUCCAAGACCACCCAGGUCCAGGAGUUAUGCCUCAGAUGCCUCCACAGAUGGCGCCAGGUACCCCUUUGAUGCCGAGGAUACCAACGCCACCUCUCCCUCAAAACAUGGGUUUGGGGUUAUCAAGGACAAGUACCCCUUCACCUGAGCUGCGUGUUUCUCCUAGCCCAACACUCAAGACGGAAAGCACUCAAACGAAGGGUACAACAUCACAGCAGAGCACCCAGACAGCAAAGAAGAAGCCAUCUUCAAGAAAGGGUUCAGUAGAUAAGGUGCCAGAGAAGGAUGGCAAAAAACCUGAAGCUGAGACAAAGGAUGAGGGAGUUACAGAGCAUCAGAACAGAAAGUCUGCCGGAGAACAUAGGACUAGAGGUAACAAUAGGCGCUCUCAGGGCCGUAGAGGUGGUUCACGUGGCCCAAGACAUGAUGCUAGCAAAGAGUUUGAAGGAGAAUAUGAUUUUGAGAGUGCAAAUGCAAAGUUUAAGAAAGAGGAAAUUGAAGAAGAAUUACAAAAGAAGCUCAGAAUAACUGAUGAGGUUGAAGUUGAAGGCGAAGAGGUCUCUCCUCAGUCCCCCACUCAACCACAGUACUACAAUAAGAGCACAUCAUUCUUUGAUAGUAUCUCCUGUGAGGCAAAUGACAGGGACAAGAAUAGAAAAGCACAUCCUUCAUGGCAGGAAGAGCGGAAACUCAACACUGAGACUUUUGGCGUUAGUGGAAUGCGACGUGGGCGUGGAGGUUACAGGGGAAGAGGAGGAAGAGGUGGCUACAGAGGCAGAGGAGGGGGAAGGGGCUACUACAGGGGUGGCCGAGGUGGUGGGCGUGGUGGUGGCGGCAGAGGAGGCCGAGGGGGUCUCAGGGGAGAAGCAAGUGAAGCAAGUCCUAACCGUGAUUGGGUUGACUAUCCAUUGGAUAAUGACACGUCAAAACUUCAGAAGAAUCUUCCUAAUGGACCACCAGCAGUUGACCAGUCCGUCCAAGCAUGAUGAAUAAAACAGGAGGUCUGCCAUAAUGUGCAAUCCCUUUCUUCACUCUAUGAACGUAUCAACUGUAUGUAUUGUAACUAAAUGUUUGAAUAUUAAAAACAGAUAACAAUUAACGGUUUGACCAACCCAAAAAAAAUCAGAAGAUAUAUGUAUUUUGAGGAUUCAAAGCCAUGGAUUUUUGAAUGAAAUAGCAUACAAAUAAACAAAAUGGAAAGACUUUGUUAAAACAUGCAUACCACUAUGUACUUGCUCGGUAUUCUCACUAGUGGUAACGCAUGAGAGGUGAAAAAGGAAUGUAUUUGCAUAGAUGAAAUUCAAUAGGCUAUUAAAAUCCAUAAAGAAAUAAAGACCCUCAUGUGUAAAUACAAUUGAGAAAAUCGCUAAACAUUCAAUUACAUAUAUUGGUAAAGCUUGGGACACGCUGCUGGCAAGGUUUGUACGACAUGGCAACAACAAAACAAUUUGAAAGUUAUUUUGCCUUGCUGUUUGUAUCAGUAUUGCAUUGUGGACAAUUAAGCAUGCAGUUAUGGUAUUUCACAUCUUGGUGUGCAAGUGUUUGUCAAAACUUGUGACAAAGCUAGUACUACUUGUCAACAGUAAAAUUUAAUUUUUUGCACUGAUAUCAGGUCGUAUGCAACAACUGUUAUUAUGUCAAAACCUGUGGUGCCAAGCUUAAGCUGAUCUUCUCGCUUUAAUUUAUUUUGUUCAUAUUGUACUGAAUCACCAGAACACUUGCAUUGGGGUAUUGCCUUGUUUCGAUGCUUCUGCUAUCACUGACUAUUCAAUGCAAGGGUAAGUCGGUCAGCUUUGAGCCUUAAGCAUUUUUGCCUGUGGAGCCGAUGUUUUCAUAGGUUUGCAUUUUGGUAGCGGAACCGAGAGAUUUUCUCAUGACCUUAGAAGGUGCGGUCAAUAAUGACGUGUCACUUGUUCGCGUGGUCAAAAUAAACUCGCAAAUCGACUAUCAAGGUUGGCAGUUCCCUGUGUAGUAUUACCCUUAAUGAUAAGUUAUUCUGUUAUAGGGCAACCAUUUGACAUGCCUUGUAACCUAGAAUGACCAAAACGACUCAAUUGAAUAAUGUAUUUAGAGAUUCAAAGCCAAUGACCAUUGUCCAUAGGAGUUCACAUUGUGUCCAAACAGACAUUAACUUUGUUAUGCUAUUUAAGUAAUGGUUCAAUAAAAUAUUCAAGUUGCA